CCUUGAAACGUGACCCUGAACGCAUCACCAGCAGCAGAAGAACAGGAGCAGCCACAUAUAGACAAGCUCACCACUUCUCACUACAGCUUUCAUAUUUUUCACAUGAGACUUGUGCUCUUCUGUUAGCUAACUGCAAUGUCAGCCUCUCGCACAGUAAUUUGUUUGCUAAGGAACGACCUGCGCCUUCAUGACAACGAGCUUUUCCACUGGGCUCAGAGAAACUCGGAGCAUAUAGUCCCUCUGUACUGCUUUGACCCGAGACAUUAUGUGGGAACAUAUAACUUCAACCUGCCAAAGACUGGGCCUUUCCGCCUGCGCUUCUUGCUGGAAAGCGUCAGAGACCUUAGAAACACGCUGCUCAGCAAGGGAAGCAAUCUGGUGGUGAGGAAUGGUAAACCGGAGGAGGUGGUCGCUGACCUCAUCAAGCAGCUCGGCUCCGUUAGCAGUGUGGCUUUCCAUGAAGAGGUUGCUACAGAAGAGCUGAAUGUGGAGAAAAAGGUGAAGGAAGUCUGUGCUCAGCUAAAGGUGCAAGUUCACACCUGUUGGGGCUCCACGCUGUACCACAGAGAGGAUCUACCGUUUCCACAUAUAUCCAGGCUACCUGAUGUCUACACAGAGUUCAGAAAAGCGGUGGAGAGUAAGAGCAGGGUGAGGCCUGUGCUGCCAACCCCUGAGAGGCUGAAUCCUCUUCCCCCAGGGUUGGAAGAAGGAGCUAUUCCCACAGCAGAGGACCUUCAGCAGACCGAGCCUGUGAGUGACCCUCGCUCAGCUUUCCCAUGCGCUGGAGGAGAAAGCAGCGUCCUUGCAAGACUCCAGCACUAUUUCUGGGACACUGAUGCAGUGGCGACUUACAAAGAGACUCGUAACGGGUUGAUUGGAGUGGAUUACUCCACUAAGUUUUCACCAUGGCUGGCUUUGGGAUGCAUUUCUCCGCGGUACAUUUACCAUCAGAUCAAAAAGUACGAGCGGGAGCGGACAGCCAAUCAGAGCACCUACUGGGUCAUUUUUGAGCUUUUGUGGAGGGACUACUUCAAGUUUGUGGGCAUUAAAUAUGGAAACAAAAUGUUUCAGCUAAAAGGGCUUCAAGGAAAGUCAGUUCCAUGGAAGAUGGACACAAAGCUGUUUGAUGCAUGGAAAGAGGGACGGACAGGCGUACCUUUUGUUGAUGCAAACAUGAGAGAACUUGCACUGACGGGCUUCAUGUCCAACAGGGGGCGCCAAAAUGUUGCAAGCUUUCUCACAAAGGAUCUGGGCCUUGACUGGAGACUGGGAGCUGAGUGGUUUGAAUACCUGCUGAUCGAUCAUGAUGUCUGCAGCAAUUAUGGGAACUGGCUCUACAGCGCUGGUAUAGGAAAUGACCCCAGAGAGAACAGGAAGUUCAACAUGAUCAAACAAGCCCUCGACUAUGACAACAAUGGGGAGUACGUGAGACGGUGGGUCCCAGAGUUAGGUGCUAUCAGGGGCCCUGACGUUCACACACCCUGGAACCUGAGCUCAGCUUCACUGUCACACGCUGGAGUGUCGCUCGGUGAGACCUACCCAACCCCCAUGGUCACUGCGCCUGAAUGGAGCCGACAUUUUGGCAAGAAACCGAGCGGUGCAGGACCAUCACCAAAAGGAAAGAAAGGCCCGUCGCACCAUCCCAAACAGCACAGAGACAGAGGCAUCGACUUCUAUUUCUCCAAAAGUAAAAACCUGUGAAACGUGGCGCUGCAGAGGAGGAAUGAAACCUAAGAUCUAAAUUCUGGGUCAUGUCAUCAAUUUUCACACAGCCUAUAAGGGAAGUCAUCUGAGUAGAAAAAGGCUACUUUUAGCUCCUUAAAGCUGAACCGAUACAAAUAUGCCUUGCAAGUAAUACCUCAACCUUUUUACAUCUGUGUAUUCUAUAAGGAUUUUAUGUUACAGAUGAACACAAAGUAGCGAAAUUAAAGAAAAAAUUUUUUUUUAAUAAAAAUGAUAAAAAUGU